CGCCAUUCCUCAGUCAUACUCAUAGAUGAUCAUGUCACCAUGUGCAUUCCUAGAUUCCAGUUAGUCACUGACUAACACCUCAAAUGCUCAAUACUACAAUGUACUGACUGUCAAUAGCCUACAUAACCUGUGUUAUUUAUUCAUUGCCAGCGCAGUAUUUUUUUAGAUUACCGGUAUCAUUACAGUCAUUGUAGUUUCCGCGCCUGGGCCUAGCCCUAGCCUCGUUGAACGCAGUACCAGUGUUACUGGAGUUGGAGAUAACCGGUAUCCGGUACCAAGCAUUGCACUGAAGAACUCUGCUCACGACAUCUCGACGAUGCCCACUGCCUGAGCUGAGUGCAGGAGAAAUGAUUAUGUGAACGCGAAGAAAGUAAAAGCUAGCGUGCUUGAUUCGAGGCCAGCGAGGCGUUUAGCUACUGCUUCCUUCCAAUCUCUUGCGCAGCUUAUCACUGCGAUAAGUAGACGAGUGGAGAUCUCACACUGCAGCAGCAGCCGCUGAUAGGAACGACCUUUGAGAAUGGCAACGGCCAGUGAAGGGAAGGAAAGGAAAGACAACAUCAACGUGCGUGUAGUGGUUCGCUGUCGUCCACUGAACAGUGGCGAGCGGCAGAAUAAGUGCGAGUCAGCAGUGCACGUGGACGAGGCGCGAGGCACAAUUGAAAUCGGCGGAUCCAGCGCAGCUCGGCACGGCGACCGCCAGCAGCGACAGUUCACGUUUGAUACAGUGUUUGGACCUGACUCUAAACAGGUCAAUGUGUAUAACUUGACGGCACGACCAAUUGUCAACUCAGUCUUGGAGGGCUACAAUGGUACAAUCUUUGCAUACGGGCAGACUGGAACUGGAAAGACGUACACGAUGGAAGGAGAUCGACGCAACCCCGAAACGUGUGGCAUCAUUCCGAACUCCUUUGCGCACAUCUUCGGUCACAUAGCCAAGGCGCAGGAGCAAGCCAAAUUCCUUGUGAGGGUUUCUUAUCUUGAAAUCUACAAUGAAGAAGUGCGUGAUCUACUUGGAAAGGACCAGAAGGCUCGCCUUGAGGUCAAGCAGAGACCGGAUAUCGGCGUCUAUGUAAAGGACUUGACAAGCGUGGCAGCGAAGAACGCCGACGACAUGGACCGUGUGAUGACUGUGGGCAAUGAUAAUAGGUCUGUAGGUUCGACAAAGAUGAAUGCUACAUCAUCACGAUCCCACGCCAUAUUCAGUAUCACUGUCGAGUGCAGUGAGAAAGGAGCAGAUGGAUCCGAGCACCUAAGGAUGGGAAAGCUACAUCUGGUGGAUUUGGCAGGCUCAGAGCGGCAAUCCAAGACAGGUGCAACUGGCAAACGUCUGUUAGAGGCGACCAAGAUCAACCUGUCCCUGUCAACUCUGGGCAAUGUUAUCUCGGCUCUGGUGGACGGCAAAAGUUCCCAUGUUCCGUAUCGCAACAGCAAGCUGACACGCUUACUCCAGGACUCGCUGGGUGGCAAUGCAAAAACAGUGAUGAUUGCCAACUGUGGACCAGCUGAUUACAACAUUGACGAGACACUCAGCACACUUUGGUAUGCAAACCGAGCCAAGAACAUCAAAAAUCAACCCAAGAUCAAUGAAGAUCCAAAGGACGCUAUGUUGCGAGAGUACCAGAAACAGAUCAAUGACCUAAAGCGAAGGUUAGAGGAAGGCGACUUUGAGGAGGGUGGUGACGAUGAUGAUGACGAUGACGAUGAAGCUAUUGAAGGCGAGGAUCCGGCAGCCCGCAGGGCCAGAAGGUCAUUAAAGAAGAAGAGAAGACAACUGUCCCGCAAGAGGUCCUUCUCUCCCACUGAGCUCACCACCAUGCAAGAGCAGCUGGAGAAGGACCGCCAGGCACUGCUCGCACAGACUGACAUGGAACUUGGGCACAAGCAGAAAGUGGAGACUGAGCUGCAGAGACGAGAACGAGAGCUAAAGGAUGCCAGGAGAGAACAGGAGAAGCUGUCAAAUCGACUCGAGCAGAUUGAAGGACAACUCCUUGUUGGUGGUGUGAAUCUGUUGGAGAAGGCAGCCGAGCAGGAAAAACUUCUGGAACAAUCCUCCAAGCAGAUGGCAGUUCAGCAGGAGCGAAGAGAAGCCCUGCAACAAGAGCUUGAUGAACAAGAAGCCAAGCGUAUCAUGCUGGAAGAGCAGUAUAGCAGUUUGCAGGAGGAGGCAGCUGCUAAGACCAAGAAAUUGAAGAAAAUCUGGACCAUGUAUCAGAGAGCCAAGGAAGAGAUCAAAUUCCGCCGCGAGGAGCAUCAACGAGAAACGGAAGGUGUCCUGGAGAACAUACGCCACCUGUCGCGGGAAGUGCGCCUGCAAGAUAUCGUACUGGAUCACUUCAUACCCUCUCCAUAUCAGAAAAUCAUUGAGGAAAAUGUGGCGUGGAGUGAGCAACUCGGUGAUUGGCAAUUGCAUGGCAUUGCGCACACUGGAGUCAACAUCAUCGGUGCAAACUCUCCAACGCCGAAACCAGCCAAGACUGUUGAUGAAAUAUCACCGUGGCCUUACACAGAUGCCAUUUAUCUGGAAUAUCCAAAGUCAAUCAAGUCCAAGCAGCAGACCGGUGGUAACAAGGCUGGCAGCGCUGCUACGUCGAGAAGAGGAAAGCGCUGAGCGUCGUCUGCAUGUCGGUCACCACCAGCAUGCGUGUCUGCAUGUGUGUAAAACUGUGCAGUCACGGUGCGCCGUCUCUGUGGGUAGAUGCUCUCAUGUUUGCAUGUGUCUAAAACUGUGCAGUCACGGUGCGCCGUCUCUGUGGGUACAUGCUCGCAUGUUUGCAUGUGUCUAAACCUGUGCAGUCACGGUGCGCCGUCUCUGUGGGUACAUGCUCGCAUGUUUGCAUGUGUGUAACUAAACUGUGUAUGUACGCCGUCUGUGUAAAGGUACAUGCUCGCAUGCACGUAUGUUAUGUGUUGAUGAAACAGUGCUGCUGCUAUUUGACAAGGGGUUGGCGUGACAUGCUUACUGAUGACAUCAUGAAAUCAUACUACUUUGUCAUGUGGCUUAAGAUAAUGAGUGGUUACCACAAAAUGACUGUUAUUAUAAUAAUUAUACUUGAAAA